AUGGCUGAGCUGGCUUCAGCGGCUGUCAAGGUUGAGCCGAUGGACGAUUACACCACAAAUUUGCUACAUUGGCUGUUCAACGCCCAGGGUAGUGAGGCAAAACAGGUGGUUGAAACGGCUUUUGAUCCCACCAUGUCAGCCAAAGGUGCCUCUGGUGUCCUUUCAAUGAAGGAAGAGAAGACAGGAAACAUUCUGGGCCUCGACCAUAGCGAGUCGGUCAUAUUCUGCAAUACAGAUCGUCUCCAGCGUAGGCAAGGAGAUCCAGAUAUUUCCGUGGUUUUGCUGUACGCAAAAGCGAAAAGAUACGGCACAAACCCUAGUAUCAAACCGUUGCGUACCUGGCUGGCCAUUAAGGGACUCGACCGACUGAUCACCAAAGUGCUCUACACGCCCAUUGAUCUGAUAGACGUUCAAGAGAGAAAGGGGUACGGGUGGAAGAAAUGCAGGAAGAGAUCAGCGGAUCGAGAUGCCUACCGGAACGCCGACUCAUUUGCACUUCUCGGCAGUGCGUUGUACUGGGGCAGUCAAGGCAGUCCAAUUGACGAGAAUAGUGCUUUCAUCGCAUCUCCGGCAUCUAAGAGGUGGUUAGGGUCAGGCCCCGGGCGAGGGUUAGAUGCUGUCAAGUUGGAGGAUGUCAAACAAUUCCUGUAA